AUGAGAGCUUUCAAAUUAGUAGUGAAAUAUCAUGAAAACACCUGGAGUCCAAAUCUUAAGGAGAUUAUAUCAAGUUAUCAUUUGAAAACCAUCGCAUUUUGGCAUUUCGAGAAAACCUCACAAAAAUCUUGGACUGAAGAAACUUUAGUUCAUCAUCUUGUUGCAUUACUUCAGAAGUUCGCAGAAGUUUUGAGAAUACAAAAUCUUCCAAUGUACUUUACGCCAAAAUUUAACUUCCUCGAAGAUGUGCAUGAUCCCGAAGUUACGCUGGACUUAAUGGAAAAGAUUUCACAACUUUCACACAAUUUCUCUGCGAUGUCGGAAGCUGUAAGCAAUCACAAUACUUUAAAAUUUUCCUCGGGGACUGCCUCCGACCAUGAUUACCUUGCAAACUUCUUCGUGACUUUACGUGAAGAAAAAUUGAAAAGAGCGGAUGAAAACGGGGAAGUUGGGUUCACCUUCCACGAUUUCACCGUAGGUAUGAAUGAAUUCGUAAAUAGAUUAAUGUAG